UCUUUCACUUUCUUUACACUCUUUCUUCCUCGUACUUUAUGACUCACCUCAGUGACUUCUCUUACCUGGAGCGUUGUACCAUUAGUGUAUACAUCUCAGUGUACUUUCUUUACUGUGUCUGGGGAAACGAUAGAUUCAGAUGUCUCUCUCCCUCGAAAAUCCUCUCUGGAGAAUUACGAAGCGUGCUAUCAGUAAUAUUGAUACUAAUGAUGACCACGCAAACGGUGUGGGACGUGUUGUCUGCAUGGAUCAAGUACAAGGAAGGCUUCUUUCUCAUGCCUAAUGGCUCUAUAAUUUCCAAGCCAUUCAGUCAAUGGUCGCAAUCGCACAGGGAUCGUAUUCCGGCCAUGGAUUAUGUGGAGUGUGUUACAUUCUCUUUUCACACCGGCGUCUUCUUCUUGAUGCAAUGUUUCUGGAAUUAUCUCUCCAACGCAGUCGCCAAAAAAAGUUUCAUGAGUUCAUUCGAAUUCAAGUUUUAUAUUGUCUGGGCUCUUUGCAGCAUGGCCUUGUUCCCUAUUUUGCAAUGGGUGUACCGAGGAAAUGAGCUUUACAGUGAGAUUGUGCCUCAGUUGGCUUACGGCCUUCAAGUGAUGCUCACUGCUCUGUUGGGUGUACGAUCCCAUAUUCGUUUCACCAGAAUGAUUGGUCUGGCUACCAGAACAAAUAAUAAUGUAGCCGUGAUAUCCAAGCUGAAUUAUUUCAGAGACAUGAACUUUCUUCUUACAGUCACCCUCUUUAGCUAUGGCAUUUCAUUUGUCAUCAUCUGCUCUGAUGGUCUAACGGAGGGAAAAGUGAUCAGUUUGAGCAAGUUUGCCUCGGACACCUUAAUUGCCAAUGCCAAUAUCUGUACAAUUUUUAUUUGGCUAUUGUUCAUUUCUAUUUUCCAUCCCCGUCGUCAGUUCAAUACAAACAACUCGUCAAAGAAUGGACAGGACUCGGAAUACAGAUUUACAGAGAAUUCCAAACAUGAAGAAGCGCUUCACGGCACCACCAGUCAGCGGUUCAGUGGACGCAUCAAUACAUUCAUGGCCAACAACACUGUCGACAAGAGCACCGAACUCGAUCCCCAACAACUCAGUCCUCAGGUCAAGGGCGGAUAUAUGCGUGCCAUGGCACCUGUUGCUGUCGAUUAUCCUCACUCUCUUGCAGUCGAUGACACUUUCAAUCCUAGUUUUGCUCCCGGAAGACCUCUUUCACCCCCUGGAGCAUUUGAUGCUCCCUAUGCUCAAUCUGGUGGACGCAAUGUGGUGAUUGAUGUGCCUUAUUCUGACCAAUCGAUCAGUUUUGCCAUGGUGGAUCCUUCCAAUGUAAAGCGUUAUCCGGCCAAAGCAGGAGGAGGAAAUGGAGCUACCUCUCCUGUUCUUUCAUCGGCAGAGUAUUCCAACCGAUCAUACACUCCAACCGAGAUUCCCCUUCACGAGCUUGCCAGUCGAUCGCAGCGUACAGCUUUAGGAGGAGGUAGCAUCAGUGCCUCUGCUGGUCAACCAUCUGUAGAUGAUUUCAAGCAUACAUACACACUAGACGAACGUGUCAAUUAUGAGAAUCUGAGUAGAUCAACUUCUCCUCAGACCGUCCGUACUCAGGGUGCGCAUCCUAUCCAGCGUCGGGAUUUGGGAAGUCCUUUGACAUCGCCCGUUAGUCCAACUUGGGAAAGGGAUAUCUACUCUUCCUCUCCUUUGCCAACCCCUCCUCAGACCCAAGAUGGUGAACAGAGAGAUCAUGCUGUUAGAGAUUGGCUUUGGCAAUCACCUGAAAGACGCAUCUAAAAAAUCACUUACAAUAUUUAUUUACCCACAUUUUAAUCUCUUAUUCUCUCUGUUUCUCUUGCUUCCUUUUUAUUGCUACCAUUAAUACUACUAUAUUACCAUUAUUUAUUAUUUUCUUAAUCAGUUCGACUUGUUUUUUUUUAUUAUAUUAUAUUAUUUUUUUUUAUUAUUAUUUUAUUUAAUAUUAAAUUUACGCUGUGUGUAUUGUAC